GAUGAUUUCAGGAUUUUUCUGAAAUAGACUUCUGACCAGACGGCACCAUGCAUGCCACGAGACUGCUCUCAUACUUGUUCGUGGCAAAUACUGUUGCGCUUUUCCAAGCGAACGGAGCGACGUUCGAUCCUAAUACCUCUGCCACCGUGGCCAACACGACAUCUGACCCGUUGGUGUCCGGCCAGCGGACGCCUAUCUACAUCGGAGGGUUCUUUGCCUUUCCCAACAACUCCAUCUUCGGUGCUUUACCACGGACCGUUCAGACAGCCAUCGAUCACGUGAACAAUCUGACGGGGAUCCUGGACGGAUAUGAGCUGAGAAUGCGGUUCCGACUGACCAAUGGUAAGCCUAAUGAGGCACUGGAGCUGCUGAACGAUCUCCUGUACGAGGGGCCAACUCUACUGAUGUCAUGGGGACCGAUUCUUUCCCGCCAAGCCUUGGUGGUUAAUGAAGUGGCGCCUUAUUACAACGUCGUCCAGGUUUGUCUGGCCAAUUCACAAGCUCUACGCGACCGGACAAGGUACCCACUGACCGUACAGAUGUAUUGGAGCGAAGACAGCGUCAACCCAGCACGGGUAGCAUUCAUGCGAUAUAUGGCUUGGAGCAGGGUAGCCAUUAUCUUCGAAGAUAACGAGUACUUUCGCUUGAACGCAGAGGACCUUCGCGCCAAACUAGAGGCAGAAAGGGUGACCGUGAUUGCCAUCGAAGCAAUCAGUGACGCUGGUAAACCUGAACAGCAGCUAUUGAGUCUCAAGAGACACGACGCGAGAAUCAUUUUCGCUCUCUCAUAUUUCGACACUGCCAUCAAGCUCUUCUGCACGAUUUAUCGCAUGGAGAUGUUCGGACCAAGGUACGCGUGGAUCCUUGUAGGAUGGUACCCAGAGGAGUGGUGGAUGGCCGUGAAUGACGAUGAUUGCACCGCAGAGCAGCUUGAGAAAGCACUAGGGUAUCACUUUUCCGUACCCGCCUGGAGAUCUGUAGACAACCUGGAUGAAAUUAAUUACGGCCACAUCAAACCACCUGAUUACCAGCUGGACUUUCUGCGCGGUCUCUUAUCGCGUGAGGGCGUAGAUAGACUUGAGCAUAUCGAGUCGUACGACUCCCUCAUCCACAUAGCGAUGUCGCUGAACCGCUCGAUCGAGAAGCUGGCCAGCCUUGAGCCCGCGAGGGCGCUACACGAUUUCUCCUACACGGACAGAGAAAUGUCAGGCGUCCUGUUGGAGAGUGUCUACCAGACUCGUUUCGUUGGGCCAACGGGUUCUGUUUUAAUAGAGCAUGGUGGUUUCCGGUUGGAGAACAAUGUGCGUUUUUUCAUCGCUCAGUUUCAAGACGGGAAGUCGACGGAAAUAAUCGAAUAUCACAACGAGUCAACGACUUUCCGAGAAGUGCAGAACAGAAGGUUUCGUUGGCCAGAUGGAACGCCACCAGUGGACGGGAAAACACUUAUCGACCAAAAGGAUACAAUCGGUCCACCUGUUCGGCUGACGUUCUUUAUCUUCACUUCAUCGGGGAUUGUUCUUGAUGUUGCAUUUCUUUACAUAAAUGUCAAAUUUAGAAAAGAGAGGGCAAUCAAGAUAUCUACACCACCUUUGAAUAACCUGAUCGUGCUCGGUAGCCUCAUGCUGUACGCAUCCGUCUUCCUGUUUGGUGUAGACCAAUCUGACUUCACGGAUACAGAAAUAAUUCGGCUAUGUCACAUAAAACUCAGCUUAGUGUGCGUUGGUAUCUCUCUGGCGUUCGGGGCGCUCUUCAUGAAAACCUACAGAAUCCACGCCAUAUUCAGCAGAGCUGUGGCCAAAUUGAAACGCGUGGCAUUGCCAAACAGUAAGCUCAUACUGGGCGUAUUUCUUGCUGUGGCCGUUGACAUCGUAGUAUUCACGAUAUGGAUAUUAUUUGGUGAGACGUAUGUUGCUGAAACAAGGUCUGAGCCAAGGCUUGAUGUGUCUCGACCUGGCGAAGAGAUCUACAUAGUGUCCGUCAUUCCGUAUUGCACGUCCGAUUACGUGAGUUACUUCAUGGGCGUGAUUUACGCCACCAAGGGCAUUCUACUGAUGUUCGGCAUCUUUCUGGCUUGGGAAACCAAGAAAAUCACGGUCUCUUCACUGAACGAUAGUAAAUACAUCGCGAUGUCCAUCUACGUCGUGGCCAUCUUUCUUGCCAUUGUACUUCCCUUGCUCAACCUGCACGUGGUGCGGCAGAACGUGACCAUCGAGUUCGCCAUCCUGGGCUCAGCUAUCAUCAUCACCAACACAACCGUCCUGUGUCUAGUGUUUCUUCCCAAGAUAUGUCUUUUAUACAAAGUGGGUCGUGCGAAUUUCCACGUGAGUAUGAUGAUGACCAGAUUCCCGUCCAAUCACUCCACGGCCACGUUCAGCGAUUACGCAUCGGCUUCCAGCGUCAAGUUACAGGAAAAACUACAGCAAAAGGAAGUUCUCUUGGAGCGCCUUAAGCAACAUCUUGCUAUUGUGGUUGCAUCUUUACACAAACGGCAGCAAAUAACGAGGGACUGAACGAACAAUAUCAACGGUGACUACUAAAACUACACCGUAGUUGGGAUAUUCAUUUUCACCGGCGAGCACAGUCAUAAACUACCAUAGUUAUUUCUGGGCGAAUGAGGGCGAUGUGAGUGUACCUUUCUAAAUUAAACAACAUAAAUAUCCACUGAUCUCUUAAAACUCUGGAUUGCCCAUCGGCUGAUCGAGGUGAAGUCGUCAUGUCCC